AACAGAAAGUUCCUCACACUACAUAUAUUUCACACCUGCCGAGUUGGCGUGGUGACAUCAUGCAUCACCCCUUCUGGAAGCACACGUUUUGUUACGUGACCCGCCUUCCUGGGCGGUGUGUUUUGAACAUAAUCCAUGAUGGAAGAACAUGGAGUAUCCCAAACAGAACACAUUACUACCAUAGAGACCCAUGCAGUGGCACAACAGGUCCAACAAGUACAUGUGGCAACGUACACAGAACAUGGGAUGCUGAGCGCAGAUGAAGAUUCCCCAUCAUCUCCUGAGGAUACAUCUUAUGAUGACUCUGACAUUUUGAACUCCACUGCCACUGACGAGGUUACUGCCCAUUUAGCGGCUGCAGGCCCAGUGGGAAUGGCUGCUGCUGCUGCUGUUGCAACUGGAAAGAAACGAAAGAGACCGCAUAUCUUUGAGUCCAACCCUUCAAUUCGCAAGAGGCAACAGACAAGAUUGUUACGGAAAUUGCGGGCAACACUCGAUGAGUAUACCACCAGAGUUGGACAGCAAGCUAUUGUCCUCUGCAUCUCUCCCUCCAAACCAAAUCCAGUGUUCAAAGUAUUUGGUGCUGCACCACUGGAGAAUGUGGUGCGAAAGUAUAAGAGUAUGAUCCUUGAGGACCUUGAAUCUGCCCUAGCUGAACACGCACCUGCACCUCAGGAGGUUAAUUCUGAGUUACCACCUCUAACAAUCGACGGAAUUCCAGUCUCUGUGGAUAAGAUGACACAGGCACAGCUGAGAGCCUUCAUUCCAGAAAUGUUGAAGUAUUCUACAGGCAGAGGAAAGCCAGGUUGGGGAAAGGAGAGCUGCAAACCAAUAUGGUGGCCUGAGGACAUUCCAUGGGCAAAUGUUCGGAGUGAUGUACGCACAGAAGAACAGAAACAAAGGGUUUCGUGGACACAAGCAUUGCGGACAAUUGUUAAGAACUGUUACAAACAGCAUGGUCGUGAAGAUCUGUUGUAUGCAUUUGAGGAUCAGCAAACUCCACAGCAAACAACCCACAGCAUUGCCCAUCUGGUACCUUCACAAACAGUAGUACAGACCAUCAGCAACCCUGAUGGCACUGUCUCUCUUAUACAGGUGGGAACAGGUGCUACCGUUGCUACACUGGCUGAUGCCUCUGAACUACCUACUACAGUCACUGUUGCACAAGUCAACUACUCUACUGUGACAGACGGAGAGGUGGAACAGAACUGGGCGACGCUACAAGGCGGAGAGAUGACAAUUCAGACAACGCAGGCUUCAGAGGCCACCCAGGCUGUUGCCUCAUUAGCUGAGGCAGCAGUUGCAGCAUCGCAGGAGAUGCAGCAGGGAGCAACCGUUACUAUGGCACUAAAUAGGAAAAAUGCAGCAUUAACAAGCACUUCUCAGAUAAGACAGAAAAGACUAUUCCUGUGUAAACCAAUAAAAUGUUCCCUCUUUCUCCCUCUUUCUUCGAAACCCAAGUUUGCAGUAAGUAAUGAAAAGAACUUGGCAUUUGCAUCUGUAAGCAAUGGUGAAGCUGCUGCCCAUGCUGUUGCAACACUCGCAGAAGCUACUCUUCAGGGAGGAGGACAGAUUGUUCUUUCAGGAGAAACAGCUGCUGCAGUUGGAGCCCUUACAGGUGUCCAGGAUGCAAACGGAUUAGUUCAGAUCCCGGUAAGCAUGUACCAGACUGUCGUAACAAGCCUUGCCCAGGGUAACCGUCCCGUUCAAGUUGCUAUGGCUCCAGUGACAAGGAUAUCGGACAGCAGUGUUACAGUGGAUGGUCAAGCAGUAGAGGUUGUAACAUUGGAACAGUGAUGUCAUCACCUGCUUGCUGUCCUGCCUUUUUGAGAACUCCAUUGCACGGUGGUACAUCUAGAUGCAUUUUCUGGGACUUGGAAAGACGUGUUAACAAUAUUGGAUGUAAAUUUCUGUAUUUGUUCCUUUAUAAGAAACAAAUUAAUGUUUAUGGUCAUUACAGUUUAUUCUUUGCUUUGCAAAAGCAAAGAUGGUGAAGUUACAUAUUGGGAACUGUGAAUAUUCCAACUUCUGGCACAGAUAACUAGUUUGGCUCACCACUUAGCCAUUUUAAUGCCAUUAAUUGCUGUUUCUGCUAGUUCAGCAGAUGUGGUUCUAGGUUUGUUAUAUUUUGAGCUACAAGAACUGCACAUACUAAAAGUAAAGCUGAAAUAAAACUGAUCAUGGGGAGAGUACUGACAUCUCUGCUGUCUGGACCACCCCGUACAGUAAAGCAGAAAUGUUUGUUCGUGGUGCAGUGAGCAUCAUCUGUGCCUUCCCACUGCUUCUUUCUACCUGCUGUAACAAUAAAUGAAAAUGAGCUGGUACUUACAAAAAGCUAUUUUUAAGAAAAUUAUUUUUAAUGGCUGGUUUUGCUUGAUUUAUAGACAGGACGAUGUAUAUUCAGUGAUGUAAAAAAAUCACUAUCAUCAACUGAAAGUUAAAAGUAGCAAGGGUGGACAUGACCCUAGAAUUAACUUUUUUUUGUUUUAUUUUAUUCAAGCCUUUUAUCUGUUUUCUGCCUAUUUUGGCAGUGGUCAGGGAUGCAGGGUCACUGUUAAAAUCAAAAUAUUAAGAAAUGAGGCCUGAGAGUAUAUAGUAUGAGGAAAUUCCAGCCAUAAGUGUUGCACUAAGUUGAAAAAUAUUUAUAUAGAUGGCAUGCAUAUGGUAUGUCCAGAUACGAAUGAUCUGUAAUUGUGUUGUUUUUAUAAGGAAACAUUUAAUAGUGCUGAUGAAGAAUGGCUUUAUCUAAUAAUGCAGUACAGUUGGAAGAGAAGAAGGGGAGAGAAAGAAUAGGGCAAGUUUGAAGAAAGUGUCGAGUAUUGUCACUGUUCAACAUUCAGACUCCAUUAAUGUUCAGAUGUAAUAAAGUACAGACAAGCAAAUGAUUCUUCCAAACCAAGAAAAAAAUCCAUUACUUUGAAAUGGAAUUUCCAUCAAAGCCUUUAUUCGUUUUUUAUGUCACCAUUUUUCUUCAAAUCUGUAUGUGUUUUCUUUGGUGCGAGCACACUUGUGUACUUUUUUAAGCAAGGGAAGGGGCAUAGAACAUGAGUGGUUGAACUGAUUUUUUCAGAAAUUAUGCUUUUUAUUCAUCAGUAAACUAAAGUCAGUGGCAUGCUGCAAGGAGUUUGCCAUCCACCACGCAUGCCAUGAUCUAAUAUUCUCCAAGGUCCUAGCAAAUGCCAGAAAACUAAAAAGCUAAUUUUGAAAGAAAGAAAAAAAAUCAGUUGGUCAUAUUGACUACCCUCAUUAUGUUUUAACUGCUCAGUAGAUAAGGAAACUCUUUUCUAGCUUGCAAGCCAGCCUUUGUGGAGUAUUCAGCUCUUGUAUUUACAUAUUUUAUAUUAAAAAUAUAAACUCUUAUUUGUAUACUUUUUGUAUGUAUGUAUGUAUGUAUGUAAGUGUGUUGGACAGCAAAUGUAUAAGGCCUGUGUGUUUUUUUUUUUAAAUUGUGAAGAUGUUUGAGAAUUAAUCAUUUUACUGUGAAUUCAGUUCCUUCUGUUAGUUCACAACAUUAUUAUAUGGGAAACACUAUGACAGAGCAUGAAAUACAUCCUAUAAAAUAAUCUGUUGCUGGUUCACUUUACGAAUAAAUUUCAUCUGGUACUCCGUA